GCGGCGGCGCUGUCUCGUGCGUCUCUCCCGGACUCAAGGUCAUGACAACAACCACAGAAGAUGACACGGCUCGACCGCCUCUCCUUCAACAUGAAGAAUCAGCUGCGACACCGACUCAAGAAACAGUGGAGUCGGACCUCUUGUAUACAGUGGAAGACGUCCCUCCCUGGUACAUGUCCAUCUUCUUUGGAUUUCAGCACUACCUGACGAUGGCGGGGGGGACGGUCGCCAUUCCGAUCAUCAUUGCCUCGUUCAUCUGCCUGCCAGAGAACCACCCGGCUCGCGGAACUCUCGUCUCCACGGUGUUUUUCCACUCUGGUAUCGUCACUCUCCUACAGACAACGUUUGGCAUUAGACUCCCCAUCAUCCAAGGAGGGGACUUCGCCUACGUCGUACCCACCAUCGCCCUCCUGACGACGGUGUACGAGCCGUGCGACGCCCUUCCCGUGGCCAACAUGACGGCUGUGGAUCGCGAGGAGGCGUGGAAGGUCCGCCUCAGGGAUAUCCAGGGCUCGAUCGCUGUGGCCUCCGUGUUCCAGAUCCUCCUUGGGUUCACAGGAGCGAUUGGAUUCCUGCUGACGUGGAUCACGCCCCUGGCCAUCGUCCCAACGGUUUCCCUCGUGGGUCUGUCGCUGUUCGAUGUAGCAGCUGCACAGGCGGCGCAACACUGGGGCAUCUCCUCUCCUAACCAUGGCGUUGAUGAUCAUAUUUUCGCAAUACCUCCGCGAUGUGCGUCUGCCCUUCCCGUGGUACCAGAAAGGCGGAGGAGUGCAGGUCGUCUGGUUCCAGCUCUUCAAGUGCUUCUCGCUGUCUUCACCACCUGGACUCUGUGUGCCGUCCUUACCGCCUAUGACAUCUUUCCACCAGCUUCCCCAGCCAGGACUGACACCACAAACUGGAAACCUAAUGGGCAAACUCACCCUGGUUCAGAGAUGCCAUACCCUGGUCAGUGGGGAGUGCCAACCGUGCCAGUCGCAGGAGUGGUUGGGAUGCUCGGAGGCUCCUUGGCAUCGAUCAUCGAGAGCAUCGGAGACUACUACGCAUGCGCCAAGAUAGCGGCCACAACUGUCAAAGGAACUGAGGCAGUAAGAGUUGAUCUGGGUGCUCUAUUGGAGGGAGAAGCUAUAGCCAUAUUCAGCAGACUUCAGCCCUCAGUAGUGAAGGUUACUCUGGUCGAUAAGUGUAUAAUGGUACUGAGACUGAAGCUUGCAAUUGGCUUCAUGUCUCUUAUUACUCUGUACACUCUUACUGAUGUUUGUAAAUUCAGUUCGGGAGCUGGUACCAGCAGAAGAAUAACUUUCUUUGCAAGGUUCCAUAAAUUGAAGAUUUCUGGCUCUUGGUACCUGACCUCUGACCCACAUUUUUGGAUGUGGUACAGUAAUGUGGGUAAUGCACCCAAGGAGAUCGGCCAGAUCCUCGUUAGCACUAGUUGGAGGAUCCUUCAAAACUGCAGGGUGUACAAGAAUGCUGAGGUCUGCGGUAUUAACCAUAGACUGGUUGUGGCUACCCUCUGGGUCCACUUCAAAUCUCCUCAUCAGUCCAGUGACCACACUACGGUGUUUCAUCUGGACAGGUUGAAGGAGGGGGUGUGUUCCUGUGAGUUUGCUGAAGCAAUUUCUGUUCAUUUCACAGUGCUUGACAAUCAGACAGACCCUGUACUUCUGAGUGACACCUUCAAGCACGAACUAACGCUCAGUGCAGCUAAAGAAUCGUUCGGUGAACAUCCAAGAGCAAGACAGAAUUUUGUCUUGCAGGAGACACUAGAAGCCACAAUAGCUUUUUCCCUGAGAAAGCUAAACUCAAAGCCCUCUUCACAGUUGACAACAGUCCACUCAGGAAGUGACCUGAUCAUCUCAGAUCUUGUUGCAGUGCGUGAGCAUUGGACUGAAUAUUUUACACAGUUGUACAAGGUUGAUCUACCAACAGUUAACUUGGAUGCGGGUAGUGUCAAGAUGCUGUUACCGAACCCAUCAGUCAUGAAACUCCUUAAUCUAGAGGUUUCUUGGGCCAAGACCAAGAUCCAGGACUUUAGGAACUUGCUAGGAGAACAUGGUAGCGAGGACAUUGGCCACAGAGAGCUUUACAUACCUUGGCUAUACAGGUACCUGGCUCAUUUCCCACAGGAUGAUCCUGUCUAUAAGGUUGUCUGUGUGCCCCGAGACCCCCACCAGUGCCAUCAAUCGAGGGCAUUGCAUAGGGCAUCGGGUGCCUCUGGCGGGCUCUUUGGCACGGGAAUGGCACGACCUCGCUGCUCGCCAGAACAUCGGGGGCGAUCGGCUGUGACGAAGGUAGGCAGCCGGCGCGUCGUGCAAUACAGCGCCAUCAUCCUCAUCAUCUCGGGCGUCUUCGGCAAGUUCGGCGCCCUCUUCGUCUCGAUCCCGGAGCCCGUGAUGGCCGGAGUCUUCAUCAUCAUGUUCGCGAUGAUCACGGCCGUCGGCAUGGCUCCCCUACAGUACAUCGACCUCAAUUCUUCAAGGAAUCUCUUUAUCUUGGGCUAUUCGAUCUUCUUCGGCCUGGCGGUGCCCAAGUGGCUGGAGGGGAAUCCCGGCAUGUUGCAGACCGGAGUCCAAACGCUGGACCAAAUUCUGACCGUCGUGUUGCAAGUUCCGAUGUUGGUUGGCGGCUUCAUCGGGUUCUUCCUCGAUAACACAGUCCCAGGAACGGACAAGGAGCGCGGCCUGAUCCAGUGGAGAGCUCACCUGGACGAUCGCGAACGGGGGAAAGACAGGGGAGAAGUGAAGGGACUUUCGUGCUAUGACUUCCCCGUCGGCAUGGACUUCAUCAAGAGGAACGACUGGAUGCGCUACAUUCCCUUCUGCCCGACCUUCCGGGGGUUUUCCUUUCCCAGAAGCUCUCCCCCUUCAGCUCUCGGCGACCUGGAGACAAACUAUCACGACUGAUUGUAUUUCUAAAUGAAUAAGGUAUGGAGAGAAAAGGGAAGAGCGGAGGUCAAGAUAAAGAGAGAAUGGGGAGAUAAGGAACAAAGGAGAAGAUUAGAGGAAUAGUUGGCUUAAGAAUCUUUUGAAAGAUCUGAAAGUUUAUUGAGAUGAAGAGUUUCUAUGGCUGAUCCAUUUUGUUUUUGUUUUAUGUUUUUGUUGUUUUUAUUGUUUUUGUUCUAGACAGUUGCUUUUAUUAUUCUUUCUUUUUAAUGCAAAUAUUUGAUAGGCACUAGCUCAAAGUCAGUCGAAACACAAUGUCAAAAUCUAUUCUCUACUCAGGUUGGUUUUUUGUACUUUUUGGACGAUGCAAUAAAAUCAAACAGCAUUUUGA